GAAGUGACAUAAUAGUGGUAAGAAGGCUGGUAAAACUCUAAUCUCUGUUGUAUUGCAUAAUUUAAUGUCACUUCAUUCUUUAUGUUACGUUCAUCCUAUAUGUUUCUCGUAUUUGGUAUGUGCCCAUGUGCAAUAAUGAUGCAAUUUUAUUUGGCUAGAUUUUUACAAGACAGGUUUACUAAAAUCAACAUAAAGGUUACAUUACGCGAAACUUAAAUUCAAAUUUGCGAUAAGUUUAUUAUUUUCUGAAUUUGCAUAUGAAAUGGCCUGGUCUGGGAGAUUUCACGCAAAAAACAAUCAUGAUCUUAUACAACAUCUGAGAUCAUCAAGAAUAAUCAAAUCAGACAGAGUUUAUGAAGCAAUGUCUUCUGUAGAUAGAGGAAAUUAUACCUGUUCUGGCUAUGCAUAUAUAGAUUCUCCACAGGAUAUUGGCUAUGGUGCAACUAUAAGUGCUCCUCAUAUGCAUGCAUAUGCUUUGGAAAUACUUGAAGAUAAGCUGUGUGAUGGUGCUAGAGCAUUAGAUGUUGGUUCUGGUUCUGGAUAUUUAACAGCAUGUAUGGCAAUGAUGUUAGGAACAAAUGGAUUAGCUAUAGGUAUUGAACAUAUUUCUGAACUUAAAGCAUUUGCUAUGCAAAAUAUUCAGAGAGAUAACCCAGAACUUCUUGAAAGCGGUCGUGUUCAAUUAGUUGUUGGAGAUGGAAGAUUAGGAUAUCCAGAAAAAGCACCAUAUGAUGCUAUUCAUGUGGGAGCUGCUGCUAAAGAAAUGCCUCAAGCUUUAAUUGAUCAACUAGCUCCUGGAGGACGUUUGGUGUUACCAGUGGGUCCAAGGAACUCAGAUCAAGUCUUAGUACAGGUUGAUAAAACAAAGGAUGGGAAGAUUAAGAAAAAGUCUCUUACAGGUGUAGUUUUUGUUCCAUUAACAAGUAAAGAUAAACAACAUCCUUCAUGAGAUACAUGCAUGCUCCAAUAAGUGAGCAGGCUUUUUUCUGUGAAUUAAAUGCAAAUGAUAAAUAAAGCUUAUAGGUUUUAGUUA